CACGUCACGCCGAGCGGUGGCGGGCCAAGCGGGAGUGUCAUGAUAAGAUAGGUCGCUUGUCGUUUUGGAGUCGUCUAGCCAGCAGCCAGUGCAUAACACGACCCAGCUCAUCCGUGCCUUGUAUCUGCUCUGUUUUCACGCAUGUCCGCGCUCGACGACACCAUGGCCAUUGAGAUCGCAUCUCUUCCCGUCCCCGCCACCGCUGAUGCCUCCAAGCUCGCUGGCUUUGGCAUAGAGGUCAAGGGCAUCAACCCCAGCGAGUUGACCCCCGAACCGUUGAAGCGGAUCGAGCAGCUUCCCUACAAUCAUGAUGUUUUGCUCUUCCGCGAUGCCUUUGAUCCGACCUCGGAGAGCUAUGGACGCGGAAAUAACAAAACGGAGAAAACCAAGAAGUCUAUCCUACAUCCGGAUCUCAAGACCAUCCCUCGCCAGCCCCAGGUCCAGCUCAUCAGGUAUGGCACUGUCUACAACCACGAGGGCCUCCUGGAGGCAAUGCUCAAGCAUCCCUCUCACACUACCUUCCACAAGAUGCAGGUGACCACGCUGUAUGGGAUCAAGGUGCCCAACGGCGAUCAGCAGAUCUGUCGGUACGACGAGGGCACGGGCGACGAGCUGGAGGUCCCGUUGGGUACGACGGUGUUCGUGUCUAGCAAGGUCAUGUUCGAUCUCCUUCCUCCAGAGCUGAAGAGCCUGGCAGUGCGAAGCAAGGUCAAGUAUGUGCACCCCUACGUGUUGAUAGCCCCAACGCACGCAAUCUCCGCCGGGCUUAGUAUAGAAAUGGAAGGACUCGAGCUUCCUUUGGACCAGCUUCCUCCUUGGGAAGAAUCGCGGAGGAGAACACUCCCUCUUUUUUGGAGGAACCCCGUUACAGGCAGUCUGCACUUCGAAGCCCACCCCUGCGGAGCUGCGGAACUACUUGUCGAUCCUCUUUCUGAGGGCACGAACCACGAGGGUGUACUAUACCCAGAUGGUGUGCACAUCACCGACCUAGGCACAAGGCCUGCUAUCGCGCCUUCGCUUGUAUAUCCACAUGACUGGAAUGAGCACGAUCUCGUCGUCUUCCACAACCGCAGAAUCUUGCAUUCGGUUGUCGGUGCGUUCAAGCCACACCAGGUGCGGGCGUUCCAUCAGUGCAACUUGGCUGCUUCGGACGACCCUGCUGGGCCCACACCGGAGGACGUCAAGAAAUAUGCCUGAGCAUUC